AUGUUGGUCUUCUUGACUCUUGACUUGAGAGAUGUAUGCAUGGUAUGUAUGCUGUGUGCCUAUGUUAUAAUUCUGCCAGUCAAUAUGACAACUCAACUUAUUCAUCUCAUCUCUCUUCCUGUUACGGCGACUACUACCAUCAUAAUGAGUUCAGAUCACCGGAGUGGCUCCACCUCCUUCCUCUUUUCUAUUCCAUCCUGCUUCUUCUUUAUCAUACUAGUGCUAUUCUCCUUGUCAAGCUUCUCCUUAUCAGCUAAUGCACUACUCAUGACCUCCCAUUCACAACAAUGCCUGGAUCUCCUCGACCUCAAGAAAGGUUUUGACUUAUUUUAUGCAUCAACUUCUCUCUCUGACUGGCUCCCUGGCACAGACUGCUGCUGGUGGGAAGGAGUCUUCUGCGACCAAGUAUCCGGUCUCGUUGUCUCUCUCGACCUCAGCGAGAGGCAUAUGGGAGGCAACAUUAUGCCUUGCCUUUUCAACCUCACCUCCCUCCAAAGACUCAAUCUUGCCUACAAUGGCUUCAACCAUAGUGCCGUCCUCCAUUUGGAUUUUGAAAAACUGACUAAUCUGACACAUCUCAAUCUUUCUUAUUCGGGCAUAGAUGGCCAAGUCCCCAUGGGAAUCUCUCGCCUCACAAAACUCAUAUCUUUGGACCUCUCCUCUGACAUAUAUUCUUUGAUGCUGGAGAAGCCUGAUCUCGGUACUCUCAUCAGAGACCUUUUUAAUUUAGAAGAGCUUUAUUUGGAUCAUGUCAAUAUCUCUUCUAGCGGGACGGAGUGGUGUCACGCCAUCUCUGACUCCACUCCUGGGCUUCAAGCUCUCAGCUUACAAUACUGUUCACUAUUGGGACCGAUUGAUAGUUCUCUGUCCAAGCUCCGGAAUUUAUCAAUACUUCGACUCGAUGGUAAUGAUCUUUUGUCCCAAGUGCCUGACUUCUUUGCAAAAUUUUCUUCUUUAACUGUGCUUAGUCUGAGUUGGUGUGGGCUCAAAGGUUUGUUUCCAAAAAGUGUGUUUGAACUCUUGAACUUGAAGACAAUUGAUCUUUCAUAUAAUUCAAAUUUAACAGGGUUUCUCCCAGAAUUCCCAUUAAAUAGUUCUUUGGAGACAUUGACUAUUUCCUAUACGACUUUCUUAGGGCCAAUACCCUUGUCAAUCUGGAAUCUCAGUGAAUUGGUUUAUUUAGACCUUUCCUCUAAUCAUCUGUCCGGGCACUUACCACCAAUGCUUGCUGGUUCAAAGAUCUCAAUCAUUAAUCUUUCUUCUAAUUACUUUAUUGGGCAGAUCCCAAGCACUCUCGGUCAUGCACAUCAUCUUACAUCACUUUAUCUAGUUGACAACUUAUUGACUGGAUCUAUACCCAUGUCUUUGUUCACUCUCCCAAUACUAAAAGAGUUGUAUCUAGCUGACAACAAGCUCUCUGGUCAACUGCAAGAAUUCACAAAUGCAUCUUCAACAUUGCAAUAUGUUGAUCUAGGGGGCAAUAAUCUCCAAGGGAAGCUCCCAAAAUCACUUGUUGAUCUCUCUGCUCUCGGGUUUCUUGUAUUAGGCUCAAACAACUUUGAUGGUUCGGUGAUGGGAUUAGAGUUGUUUGGCCACCUUCAAAAUCUCACAUACUUGGAUCUUUCAGGCAUUGACAUGUCUAUUUCUGACGGAAUUGCUGGUUCUUCUGUUCUAUUUCCAUCUCUCCAUACCUUGACAUUGCAAUCUUGCAAUCUGACGGUUAUCCCAUCUUUCUUGAAGCAUAAAAAGAAUUUCGGCUCUCUAGACCUUUCAAACAAUAGAAUUAAUGGGAUUAUACCAAGGUGGAUAUGGAGCAUUGGGAGUUUCAUCGAGUCUAUGAAUUUUUCUUAUAACUCAUUCACUGAUAUUGAGAAGCCUUUCUUGAAGCAUUCAAAUAAUGUUGAGUUUCUAGACCUUUCAAGCAACAGAAUUGGUGGUACCAUACCAAGUUGGCUAUGGAGCUCUGGAGUUCUCUACCUGAAUUUGUCAUGCAACUUGUUCACGAGUGUUGAGGGAUCCUUCUCCAAUCCUUCCACUGUGAUCAGUAUUAUUAUCGAUCUCCACUCUAACUUACUUCAAGGACCAAUUCCUCUUCCUCCACCAAAUAGUACCUUUGUGGACUACUCAAACAACCUCUUCACUUCUUCCAUCCCAUUUAACAUAUCAUACUACCUUAAAAAAACUAUAUUCUUUUCAUUAUCAAAUAAUAGUCUCACAGGAGAAGUCCCCUCAUCAAUUUGUAGUGCAACAAAACUCUAUAUUUUUGAUAUCUCUCACAACAAUUUGAGUGGUUCAAUACCAGCUUGCCUAUUUGAAAGUCUCAUAGACUUGAGAGUGUUGAAUGCUCGGGAGAACAGUUUUCAAGGAAGCAUGCCUCAAAAGGUCAGCUCAAGAUGUGCUAUACAAACAAUUAACCUCAAUGGAAACAAGUUAGAAGGGGUGAUACCUAGCUCAUGGGCCAACUGUGCUGAGCUAGAAGUCCUAGACCUUGGUAGGAAUAAGUUGGCAGACUCUUUCCCACAUUGGCUGAUGAACCUUCCUGCAUUGAAAGUCCUGGUUCUCAAAGAAAACAAAUUCUUUGGACAUCUGACUGGUAUUUGUGAGGGUAAUCACUCCUUCAUGAUGCUCCAGAUCUUUGACAUCUCAUCAAACCAUUUCACUGGUAGCUUGCCAUCAGAGUGUUUUAAGAGCAUGAAGGCAAUGAUAGUUCCUCAGGGACAGACCGAGACAAUUGGAUACCGGAAUGGUAGUUUGAGGACUUAUCAAGACACAAUUAUGGUUGAUUUGAAAGGGUUUGAGAUCGAACUAGUAAAGAUUUUGACUACCUUCACUUCCAUCGAUUUGUCAAAUAACCGAUUUGUAGGAAAUAUUCCUCAGGUUCUUGGAGAUCUCAAGUCCCUCCAUGCAUUGAACAUGGCACUCAAUGCUUUCACUGGUGAAAUUCCACGGGUGCUCGGAGAUUUGAGUGAGCUGGAGUCAUUGGACCUCUCUGGAAAUCAAUUAUCGGGAGUGAUUCCAAGUUCUCUGACAUCUCUGUAUUUCUUGGCUUUCUUGAAUCUGUCGAACAACAAUUUAGUAGGCAAAAUACCACAAAGCUUCCAGUUCUCCACAUUCUCGAAUUCAUCCUUUGAAGGGAAUCCAGGACUGUGUGGGAGCCCAUUAUCAAGGGAUUGUAUUAAUUCAACUAGUGUGGAGCCGUCUUCAGAUUCUGAGAAUGCACCCACAGAAUUUGACAUGGACGAGAUUUGGUUCUGGAUGUUCACAGGUUUGGGUUAUGGAGUUGGAUUUGCAUUGGCCAUUAUCUAUCAAUUGUUCUUUCCCAAAUGGAGAAUGUGGUACAAGAGGAGGUUCAUGAGCAGAUAAAGACCUGCAUUUCUAAAGCAAGAAGGCAUUCUUUCUUCUGCAGUCAAAGAAACUAUUUCAAAGGCCAAGGUAUGCCUUCAUCUUUGGUUACCAUACUCUUAAUUAGUAUGUAUACAAUCAUAUAUUUGUUAAAUAGCAUGUAUGCAAUAUUAUACUUUCUUCCUUGUCUUGCUAGUCCUCUGGCAACACCAAUUGAAAUAAGAGGUCUCUGCCAAGAGAUCAUCACUUUGUGUUUUUCUCUGUUUUCUGUCUGCAAUCAUGUUUAUUGCCAACU